AUGUGCACGUGCGACGGCGUCGCAGGGGGUGAGGGAAUGCACAAGAAAAAGAAGAGGAGUCACAGCAAGAGCCUGCUUCCAACCCGGGCGCCCGUAUCCAGCCUCCCAACUGACAAUUGCCCCCAGCCUCGCACAUGCACAAAUAGUGCCCAUCCCCACUCUGGGUCAGGAAGGGACGCGCAGCACCGCAAGAAAGCCGACCCCCCCAAGAGCCACGGUGGAAAGGGGGAACGCGGAGGACACGUUCCUCCGAACAGCAAGGACCAGAGACAACCGGAGAUCCGGAGCAGAGCCCAGGAGGACCGCAGACAACGAGUAGCAGGUGAACAGCAGGCCAGGAAAGGAUCCUCGAGGAGCAGGUAA